AUGCCUGAUCUGGACAAUGUGCCUGCCCCAGACACCCCGCCAGAAAAUGAACGAAAUGAUCCCAGUCAAGACACCCCUAGACUAGAGACGAGUGAAAGUUCCAUCUUGGCGGCUGACACAUUUAUAGAUGCAGCUCGCUAUCGACCGGAGUCCUCUGCAACUAACGCGGUAGAUGGCAUCCAUGACCUCGCCCGGGUUCUUACUGAUCAACUCCAACAACACCAUGGCUGUUGCCGCCAGUGCCACGAACAGCAGGAGCGUGAACAUGAAAUAAAGCAUGCAGAGCAUUCAGGCUUAGGGGAGUACAUGGACCAGAUUCAGUCAGAUGGGGGAUACCCAGACGUUCUUAGCGUGGCGACCAUGGCUAAACGCGAGGACAACCUAGCAGGGCAGACCAGUGCCCAGAGAAAGCGUGAGAUCUAUACUGGAAUCAAUUCAGCCGCGCCUAACGCUGGUCCCGUCCACCUCUGCCUUGCUGCCGACCAUGAGCCGGAACUCCCGACCGCGAUAACUUUUGAUGUCGAUAGUAUCGUGGGAUUUGCGCACAGCCUAGCAGUGGCCAAGCUCGGAGUACGGUGGAACUCGACUCAGAUGGCCAUCUCUGAUCUUCGUUCGGCAAUGGUCGCGCUCAUCACGUCCGACGGCCGGUGCAUAUGA